GCUCUCGAUCCACAAAACGCAUAAACAGAACGUAGAUCAAAAAUGAAAUCGAAAAUGUCCUUUGAAAUGUGUAAUUUGUCAAUAUUCAAAAUAUGAAGUAAUUUAUAACUAUUUACAAGUUGAUUGUUUCAUAUUUACUUGGAAACCCACCAUAUACACCAAUACAUCUGUUUUGUUAUUACGUGAUAUAUUUUUUCCUAGAACCGGUGGAGGUUAUGAAAUGAGAACAUCUUUUUAAUUUAUUAUUUUUUCUGAAACCCUAUUGAAAGGUUAUGAAAUACUAAACAAACUGAAGUUAUUACGUAAACAUGUCGAGAAUUCUGCACAAUCGUUUGAGAUCAUCAUAUAAAAAAUCAGCACAAUGGACAAUCGUAGACAAGAGAGCCGUCGCAUUCUCCGUGUGGACAGGUCGCAGCGUUCUCCUGCACAAACCCAUAGACACCAGUCAUGUGCAACGGAGGAAGUACGGCAUGCUGGUUGCAAGAGCUGUGAGAGGGAUGCUGAAGAUUAGGUACCUGGUCCUCGGAGGAGCUCUUGGUGGGGGGAUGACUUUGAAUAAGAAAUACGCAGAAUGGAAGGACGGCCUACCCGACAUGGGCUGGCUGAACGACCUGCUGCCUGACAAUGACCAAUGGGACCAGUUCACCACCACCCUCAUUAAUGCUAAGGAGAGGAUCGGAGACAACCUGCAGAUAGGUGCGCCACUGACGCUGUCGCUGCACAUAGAUCCUCGGCUGCGGGAGGCGGGGCUGGCGCGGGCGGGCGAGCUCAAGGCCUGGCUGGCGCAGAGGUACGAGGAUGCCGUGGCUGCGGCUGCUGCCAACAAUGCUAGUCUUGUGGAAAUUUCAGAGCAACCGCAGAAGAUUGUGAACAACUUGCAAAGUCGGCCGAUGCCGUCCGUUGCUCGGGGACCCAACGAAGACACUACUGCUUAUGAGAAGCGUGUCCAUGCACUACAAGAAGAGGUGCUAGCGCUGCAAGCUCGCUACCAGCGCGAGCUGCAGCGCCUGGAGCAGGAGAACAGGGAACUGCGGCAGCAGAACAUGCUGCUGCGUCAGGGGAGACAGCCCAGCACUAGGAAGAUGAAGCGUUCCCUGAUCGACAUGUACUCAGCCGUGCUGGACGAGCUAUCAGGCUGGGACGCGGGCGACACGGACCGGCUGCCGCGCGUGGUGGUGGUGGGCGACCAGUCGGCCGGCAAGACGUCCGUGCUGGAGAUGAUCGCGCAGGCUCGCAUCUUCCCGCGCGGCGCCGGGGAGAUGUGCACCAGAGCUCCAGUGAAAGUGACGCUAUCAGAAGGUCCGUACCACGUGGCACAGUUCCGCGACUCCGCGCGGGAGUUCGACCUCAACAAGGAGUCUGAUCUCGCUGAUUUGAGGAAGGAAGUUGAACUUCGUAUGCGUAACAGCGUCCGCGGCGGCCGCACUGUCUCCACCGAAGUCAUCUCCAUGGCGGUCAAGGGGCCCGGCCUGCAUCGCAUGGUGUUGGUGGACCUGCCCGGAGUCAUCUCUACACAAACAGUGGACAUGGCGUCGGAUACUCGCGACGCUAUCAAACAGAUGACGAAGCAAUACAUGGACAACCCCAACGCUAUUAUACUCUGUAUACAGGACGGUUCAGUAGACGCGGAGCGCAGCAACGUGACAGACCUUGUAUCGUCGUGUGACCCGAGCGGCAAGCGAACCAUCUUCGUGCUUACCAAAGUCGAUCUCGCUGAGGAGAAUCUCGCUAAUCCUAAUCGGAUCCGCCGCAUUCUAGAAGGCAAGUUGUUCCCCAUGAGAGCUCUGGGCUACUACGCCGUGGUGACUGGACGGUCGCGUAAGGACGACUCCAUACAAAGCAUUAGGGAAUAUGAAGAGAGGUUCUUUAGGUCUUCCAAGCUGUUCAAGGACGGGCUAGUAACGCCGUCGCAGGUAACGACCCGCAACCUGUCGCUGGCGGUGGCGGACUGCUUCUGGCGCAUGGUGCGGGCGUCGGUGGAGCAGCAGGCCGACGCCUUCAAGGCCAUGCGCUUCAACCUCGAGACCGAGUGGAAGAACACCUUCCCCAGGCAACGCGAACUAGACCGCGACGAACUAUUCGAGCGAGCCAGAGCUGAGCUACUCGACCAAUCAGCCGAACUAUCGGCCGUAGCCGCCGCAGCCUGGGAACUGCGGCUGCAGCAGGCGCUGUGGCAAGCCGCGGCCGAUAGAGUGUUCGGCAACAUCUACCUACCCGCGGCCGCUAAUGCACAGGCUGAUGUCGUGUCCCUCCCGGUGCCGCGGCCACUAAAGUUGAAUGCGGCGGACGGCACCCCGGCGCCCUCGAUAUGGUUGGACCCUUACGAUUAUGAUUCUAACAAAUUCAACACAGCAGUAGACAUAAAGCUCCGCGAAUGGGCGGAAGCCGAACUCCCCAACGCGUCCAUCCGAGCUGGUCGCGAGGCCCUACGCGAGGAGUUCUCCGAGCUGAUGGCCCGGGCUCGGGACUCGGACCCGGUGUACGAGCCCGUGAAGAAGGAGGCUGUUGAGGAGGCGUUGAGGAGGCACCAGUGGGAGGAUCGGGCGCAGGAUGUGCUACGAGUGCUACAACUGAACGCGCUACAGGACCGCUGCGUCUCAUCACGUCAGGACUGGGACGCCGCCGUGUCGCUCAUGGACCAGGCCCUCAAGCAGCGCCUCGACAUCACGCACCAGGAGCUCAAGGAACUUACCGGACCCGGUAUGAAAGAGCGCUGGCUAUACUGGCAGUCACCAUCAGACGAACAAUCCCGACGCAGCGAAGUCAGAGCUGAACUCGAAAGACUUGGAGUAGCCAGACCAGUCCUCGCGUAUGAUGAGGUGGUCGCCGUCAGGGAUAACCUUAGGAGGAAGGGCAUUGAGGUCGAUAACGACUAUAUCAGGGAGACUUGGAAACCUGUUUACCUUAGGAAUUUCCUGCAGCGUGCACAAACCCGAGCUCGCGACUGUCGGAAGAGCUUCUACCUGUACAGCCAACAGAAUGGAAACGGGAAAGAAUGCUGUGAAGUAGUAAUGUUCUGGCGAGUGCAGCAAACGUUACGUACCACCGCCAACGCGCUGCGGCAACAGAUCGGCAACCGCGAGGCUGCCCGCCUAGACCGAGAGCUCAGGGAGGUUCUAGACGAGAUGGCAGCCGACCCGGAACUGAAGAAGAAACUGUUAUCCGGUAGAAGGGUAGAGCUAGCAGAAGAACUAAAGCGAGUGAGACAAGUCCAGGAGAAACUAGAGGAAUUCAUAGAGGCGCUUAACAAAGAGAAAUAGUGGAUAAUUGUACAUUGUAGUUAUGCGAUAUGUAUGUACUCUAUACUUAGUGGAUCCAUCGCCAAUGCACUUGUCACUAACAUACAAUUUAUGUGAAAAAACUACAUUUAUUUAUCAUAUACUAGCUAAUUACUGCGGUUUCACCGCGUGUCCCGUGGGAACAACUGCUCGUACCGGGGUAAAAUAUAGCCUAUGUUACUCGAGAAGAGUGUAGCUUUCCAACAGUGAAAGGAUGUUUCAAAUCGGUUGUCAAAGGAUGAGCAAAAUGAAAAAAGUAUUUUUGAUUGUAUCUGGCGUAUUCGUAAGAAAAAUAGAUGUUUAUUUAUGGAAUAUAGAAACAAUUGUUUUGGUUAUUUUCGUACAAUAUCUAUAUGAACAAAUGCGCAACGAGUCAAAUGGGUAACUUGAAGAUUACAAAGUUAUUUGGAACGAAUUGUAAAAGUUAUUUCAAAGAUUAAUUGGUACAUCAUUCAUGGUAUGAAUUUUGGACUGAUGUUUGAACUUAUAAUAAAGCAUUUCUGCUAGUAAUUUGUUUAUGUAGAGUAUAUGUUGAUAUCAAUGUAACAAUAAUAACGAAAAAUUCACUACAUCAUGUAUAAACUAUGAACUACAUAUGUGUAAUUUCAUAUAACGCAUUUUACGUAAACCAAUGAAGAAAAGAGUAUGAUUGAUUUAGUUUGUAUCUUGUAUGAUUAUUUAUAAUGUGACAAACCAGUGUAAAUGAUAUUAUAUACUUUUAGGUAGAUAGAUUCUAAUUAAUUUUGGGAGUAAAAAGUACCUUUCAUUUUCGAGUUCUUCCUGUGAAGGUAGCACUAGACUUUAGUUAGAAAUUGUUAACGAAAUGAGGAAGAGUUUUUUUUUCAUGUUUUGCCCAACUGCGGAAAAUGAAAUGGCAAGUUUUGGCUGGUGUAUAUGUAAAUUUAGACUAAGAAAUAUAUUCAAACGAUUAAAAAAUCUAAUGAUAACAGAAAUAAUAUUUUUGAGGCCUAUGACCAACUGUGGAACUUAUAACUAAUGUAUAUCUCAAUAAAUAACUUAUAACUGUUAUAUAACUGGUCAUAGUUUAUUAAGUCGGAAUAUAAUGUUACCAAAUAUCUAGUUGAUGUUAUAUUUUUGUCGUGUAUUCAUCAGAGUUUUCAUGUAAUUUAAUUUCAAGCUAUUUACUCAUAUAUCACUUUUACUGUAUUUAUGGAUUCACAUAAUUUUCACUUAAUUCUUAUUACAUUACUCAGAUAAAAUAAAUCUUAUGUACUACCUAGCUAGACCUUUUUUAAGCAAUUAUGAUUUUGUAAAUGAUGUAUGAAAAGUUACAUUUAACAAAUGUAUAGUUUCGAAUUCUUAUAUAAAUAACUAUUUGAAAGGGCAUACAUACUUAUGAUGAAUGAAGUGAAAAACUGUUCCCUUUGUUAACAAAUGCAUUGGCGAUAGUCCCUAUGUUGUAUUAUUUUGUUAUUAAUUUAACUGCUUGAUCUAAGUUGUCUUUUAAUAAAACGUUAAGAAAAU